AUGUGGGGCUGGCAGCACGCCACGUGGGGCUGGCAGCACGCCACGUGGGGCUUGCAGCACACCACGUGGGGCUGGCAGAACACCACGUGGAGCACUGGAACGUACAGGUGCAACACUGGCACAGGUGCAACACUGGCACAGGUGCAACACUGGCACAGGUGCAACACUGGCACAGGUGCAACACUGGCACAGGUGCAACACUGGCACAGGUGCAACACUGGCACAGGUGCAACACUGGCACAGGUGCAACACUGGCACAGGUGCAACACUGGCACAGGUGCAACACUGGCACAGGUGCAACACUGGCACAGGUGCAACACUGGCACAGGUGCAACACUGGCACAGGUGCAACACUGGCACAGGUGCAACACUGGCACAGGUGCAACACUGGCACAGGUGCAACACUGGCACAGGUGCAACACUGGCACAGGUGCAACACUGGCACAGGUGCAACACUGCAGUAGUUGCGGCAAUACACACCAACAUCUGAAAUGCCUUAGUGAUUUCGAAUCGUCUUGCUUGUUCGACGAGGGGACUGCUUACUCAGAAACUGCUGCCACUGGCCAGGACACGGUCGCUGCAGGGGGAGGUGAUGGAGGGACAGGUGCGUUAAGUCCACAGCAGGGCUGCUGUAUGCAUGCAGCUGAGUUCCUUGAUUCGCGAGCGGGGCCUCCAGGUACCCACAUGUGGUUGGGGGAGGCCGUGGAAGCAUUUGGUGCCGCCCAACAGCAGAUGAUGUCAGCAGCAGGAGAGAAGGGAGGGCAGGGCAGAGCACCAGGAAGUGCGAUGCGGAGCUUUAGCCGCUUCAGAAGGCUUGUGACAUUUACGGAGCGGUCUCGGCGACAGGUGGGGCAGAGAGGGGAGGGCGGUGAGGAGAUGGGUGAAGGGGUUGAAAGCAAGGAAGGGCGAGCGGAGGGAGGGGGCAGUGCAGCAGGGAGUGGGGGAGUGGGCGAGGCCUUCGGGAAGGGUGCAAGUGAAGAGAUGAAAGGAAAGCAGGAGCAGCAAGAGCAGCAGUGGGGAACAGAGGAGAAGGGGGCAAGGCCGAGGCACAAGAUGCAGAUGAAGUCGACAGGAGGACAGCAUGGCAGCGGUGGCAGGGAGGCGCGGGUGGCAUAUGAGUUCCUGUGGAAUGACAGCCUGCUGGAGUCAGCAGCGAGUGAGUGCGAGACGUUCAAGCUACUACACCCGCAGCUGCAGUCCAUCACCCACAACCCGGGCCUCUCCGGCCAGGAGUGCGUGCGACAGGUGAGAGCAGCAGCGCCAGAGCGUGAGAGAGAGGUUGCACCUGGUGGGCACUGCAAUGACUGGCAUGUUGCACCUGGUGGGCACUGCAAUGACUGGCAUGUUGCACCUGGUGGGCACUGCAAUGACUGGCAUGUUGCACCUGGUGGGCACUGCAAUGACUGGCAUGUUGCACCUGGUGGGCACUGCAAUGACUGGCAUGUUGCACCUGGUGGGCACUGCAAUGACUGGCAUGUUGCACCUGGUGGGCACUGCAAUGACUGGCAUGUUGCACCUGGUGGGCACUGCAAUGACUGGCAUGUUGCACCUGGUGGGCACUGCAAUGACUGGCAUGUUGCACCUGGUGGGCACUGCAAUGACUGGCAUGUUGCACCUGGUGGGCACUGCAAUGACUGGCAUGUUGCACCUGGUGGGCACUGCAAUGACUGGCAUGUUGCACCUGGUGGGCACUGCAAUGACUGGCAUGUUGCACCUGGUGGGCACUGCAAUGACUGGCAUGUUGCACCUGGUGGGCACUGCAAUGACUGGCAUGUUGCACCUGGUGGGCACUGCAAUGACUGGCAUGUUGCACCUGGUGGGCACUGCAAUGACUGGCAUGUUGCACCUGGUGGGCACUGCAAUGACUGGCAUGUUGCACCUGGUGGGCACUGCAAUGACUGGCAUGUUGCACCUGGUGGGCACUGCAAUGACUGGCAUGUUGCACCUGGUGGGCACUGCAAUGACUGGCAUGUUGCACCUGGUGGGCACUGCAAUGACUGGCAUGUUGCACCUGGUGGGCACUGCAAUGACUGGCAUGUUGCACCUGGUGGGCACUGCAAUGACUGGCAUGUUGCACCUGGUGGGCACUGCAAUGACUGGCAUGUUGCACCUGGUGGGCACUGCAAUGACUGGCAUGUUGCACCUGGUGGGCACUGCAAUGACUGGCAUGUUGCACCUGGUGGGCACUGCAAUGACUGGCAUGUUGCACCUGGUGGGCACUGCAAUGACUGGCAUGUUGCACCUGGUGGGCACUGCAAUGACUGGCAUGUUGCACCUGGUGGGCACUGCAAUGACUGGCAUGUUGCACCUGGUGGGCACUGCAAUGACUGGCAUGUUGCACCUGGUGGGCACUGCAAUGACUGGCAUGUUGCACCUGGUGGGCACUGCAAUGACUGGCAUGUUGCACCUGGUGGGCACUGCAAUGACUGGCAUGUUGCACCUGGUGGGCACUGCAAUGACUGGCAUGUUGCACCUGGUGGGCACUGCAAUGACUGGCAUGUUGCACCUGGUGGGCACUGCAAUGACUGGCAUGUUGCACCUGGUGGGCACUGCAAUGACUGGCAUGUUGCACCUGGUGGGCACUGCAAUGACUGGCAUGUUGCACCUGGUGGGCACUGCAAUGACUGGCAUGUUGCACCUGGUGGGCACUGCAAUGACUGGCAUGUUGCACCUGGUGGGCACUGCAAUGACUGGCAUGUUGCACCUGGUGGGCACUGCAAUGACUGGCAUGUUGCACCUGGUGGGCACUGCAAUGACUGGCAUGUUGCACCUGGUGGGCACUGCAAUGACUGGCAUGUUGCACCUGGUGGGCACUGCAAUGACUGGCAUGUUGCACCUGGUGGGCACUGCAAUGACUGGCAUGUUGCACCUGGUGGGCACUGCAAUGACUGGCAUGUUGCACCUGGUGGGCACUGCAAUGACUGGCAUGUUGCACCUGGUGGGCACUGCAAUGACUGGCAUGUUGCACCUGGUGGGCACUGCAAUGACUGGCAUGUUGCACCUGGUGGGCACUGCAAUGACUGGCAUGUUGCACCUGGUGGGCACUGCAAUGACUGGCAUGUUGCACCUGGUGGGCACUGCAAUGACUGGCAUGUUGCACCUGGUGGGCACUGCAAUGACUGGCAUGUUGCACCUGGUGGGCACUGCAAUGACUGGCAUGUUGCACCUGGUGGGCACUGCAAUGACUGGCAUGUUGCACCUGGUGGGCACUGCAAUGACUGGCAUGUUGCACCUGGUGGGCACUGCAAUGACUGGCAUGUUGCACCUGGUGGGCACUGCAAUGACUGGCAUGUUGCACCUGGUGGGCACUGCAAUGACUGGCAUGUUGCACCUGGUGGGCACUGCAAUGACUGGCAUGUUGCACCUGGUGGGCACUGCAAUGACUGGCAUGUUGCACCUGGUGGGCACUGCAAUGACUGGCAUGUUGCACCUGGUGGGCACUGCAAUGACUGGCAUGUUGCACCUGGUGGGCACUGCAAUGACUGGCAUGUUGCACCUGGUGGGCACUGCAAUGACUGGCAUGUUGCACCUGGUGGGCACUGCAAUGACUGGCAUGUUGCACCUGGUGGGCACUGCAAUGACUGGCAUGUUGCACCUGGUGGGCACUGCAAUGACUGGCAUGUUGCACCUGGUGGGCACUGCAAUGACUGGCAUGUUGCACCUGGUGGGCACUGCAAUGACUGGCAUGUUGCACCUGGUGGGCACUGCAAUGACUGGCAUGUUGCACCUGGUGGGCACUGCAAUGACUGGCAUGUUGCACCUGGUGGGCACUGCAAUGACUGGCAUGUUGCACCUGGUGGGCACUGCAAUGACUGGCAUGUUGCACCUGGUGGGCACUGCAAUGACUGGCAUGUUGCACCUGGUGGGCACUGCAAUGACUGGCAUGUUGCACCUGGUGGGCACUGCAAUGACUGGCAUGUUGCACCUGGUGGGCACUGCAAUGACUGGCAUGUUGCACCUGGUGGGCACUGCAAUGACUGGCAUGUUGCACCUGGUGGGCACUGCAAUGACUGGCAUGUUGCACCUGGUGGGCACUGCAAUGACUGGCAUGUUGCACCUGGUGGGCACUGCAAUGACUGGCAUGUUGCACCUGGUGGGCACUGCAAUGACUGGCAUGUUGCACCUGGUGGGCACUGCAAUGACUGGCAUGUUGCACCUGGUGGGCACUGCAAUGACUGGCAUGUUGCACCUGGUGGGCACUGCAAUGACUGGCAUGUUGCACCUGGUGGGCACUGCAAUGACUGGCAUGUUGCACCUGGUGGGCACUGCAAUGACUGGCAUGUUGCACCUGGUGGGCACUGCAAUGACUGGCAUGUUGCACCUGGUGGGCACUGCAAUGACUGGCAUGUUGCACCUGGUGGGCACUGCAAUGACUGGCAUGUUGCACCUGGUGGGCACUGCAAUGACUGGCAUGUUGCACCUGGUGGGCACUGCAAUGACUGGCAUGUUGCACCUGGUGGGCACUGCAAUGACUGGCAUGUUGCACCUGGUGGGCACUGCAAUGACUGGCAUGUUGCACCUGGUGGGCACUGCAAUGACUGGCAUGUUGCACCUGGUGGGCACUGCAAUGACUGGCAUGUUGCACCUGGUGGGCACUGCAAUGACUGGCAUGUUGCACCUGGUGGGCACUGCAAUGACUGGCAUGUUGCACCUGGUGGGCACUGCAAUGACUGGCAUGUUGCACCUGGUGGGCACUGCAAUGACUGGCAUGUUGCACCUGGUGGGCACUGCAAUGACUGGCAUGUUGCACCUGGUGGGCACUGCAAUGACUGGCAUGUUGCACCUGGUGGGCACUGCAAUGACUGGCAUGUUGCACCUGGUGGGCACUGCAAUGACUGGCAUGUUGCACCUGGUGGGCACUGCAAUGACUGGCAUGUUGCACCUGGUGGGCACUGCAAUGACUGGCAUGUUGCACCUGGUGGGCACUGCAAUGACUGGCAUGUUGCACCUGGUGGGCACUGCAAUGACUGGCAUGUUGCACCUGGUGGGCACUGCAAUGACUGGCAUGUUGCACCUGGUGGGCACUGCAAUGACUGGCAUGUUGCACCUGGUGGGCACUGCAAUGACUGGCAUGUUGCACCUGGUGGGCACUGCAAUGACUGGCAUGUUGCACCUGGUGGGCACUGCAAUGACUGGCAUGUUGCACCUGGUGGGCACUGCAAUGACUGGCAUGUUGCACCUGGUGGGCACUGCAAUGACUGGCAUGUUGCACCUGGUGGGCACUGCAAUGACUGGCAUGUUGCACCUGGUGGGCACUGCAAUGACUGGCAUGUUGCACCUGGUGGGCACUGCAAUGACUGGCAUGUUGCACCUGGUGGGCACUGCAAUGACUGGCAUGUUGCACCUGGUGGGCACUGCAAUGACUGGCAUGUUGCACCUGGUGGGCACUGCAAUGACUGGCAUGUUGCACCUGGUGGGCACUGCAAUGACUGGCAUGUUGCACCUGGUGGGCACUGCAAUGACUGGCAUGUUGCACCUGGUGGGCACUGCAAUGACUGGCAUGUUGCACCUGGUGGGCACUGCAAUGACUGGCAUGUUGCACCUGGUGGGCACUGCAAUGACUGGCAUGUUGCACCUGGUGGGCACUGCAAUGACUGGCAUGUUGCACCUGGUGGGCACUGCAAUGACUGGCAUGUUGCACCUGGUGGGCACUGCAAUGACUGGCAUGUUGCACCUGGUGGGCACUGCAAUGACUGGCAUGUUGCACCUGGUGGGCACUGCAAUGACUGGCAUGUUGCACCUGGUGGGCACUGCAAUGACUGGCAUGUUGCACCUGGUGGGCACUGCAAUGACUGGCAUGUUGCACCUGGUGGGCACUGCAAUGACUGGCAUGUUGCACCUGGUGGGCACUGCAAUGACUGGCAUGUUGCACCUGGUGGGCACUGCAAUGACUGGCAUGUUGCACCUGGUGGGCACUGCAAUGACUGGCAUGUUGCACCUGGUGGGCACUGCAAUGACUGGCAUGUUGCACCUGGUGGGCACUGCAAUGACUGGCAUGUUGCACCUGGUGGGCACUGCAAUGACUGGCAUGUUGCACCUGGUGGGCACUGCAAUGACUGGCAUGUUGCACCUGGUGGGCACUGCAAUGACUGGCAUGUUGCACCUGGUGGGCACUGCAAUGACUGGCAUGUUGCACCUGGUGGGCACUGCAAUGACUGGCAUGUUGCACCUGGUGGGCACUGCAAUGACUGGCAUGUUGCACCUGGUGGGCACUGCAAUGACUGGCAUGUUGCACCUGGUGGGCACUGCAAUGACUGGCAUGUUGCACCUGGUGGGCACUGCAAUGACUGGCAUGUUGCACCUGGUGGGCACUGCAAUGACUGGCAUGUUGCACCUGGUGGGCACUGCAAUGACUGGCAUGUUGCACCUGGUGGGCACUGCAAUGACUGGCAUGUUGCACCUGGUGGGCACUGCAAUGACUGGCAUGUUGCACCUGGUGGGCACUGCAAUGACUGGCAUGUUGCACCUGGUGGGCACUGCAAUGACUGGCAUGUUGCACCUGGUGGGCACUGCAAUGACUGGCAUGUUGCACCUGGUGGGCACUGCAAUGACUGGCAUGUUGCACCUGGUGGGCACUGCAAUGACUGGCAUGUUGCACCUGGUGGGCACUGCAAUGACUGGCAUGUUGCACCUGGUGGGCACUGCAAUGACUGGCAUGUUGCACCUGGUGGGCACUGCAAUGACUGGCAUGUUGCACCUGGUGGGCACUGCAAUGACUGGCAUGUUGCACCUGGUGGGCACUGCAAUGACUGGCAUGUUGCACCUGGUGGGCACUGCAAUGACUGGCAUGUUGCACCUGGUGGGCACUGCAAUGACUGGCAUGUUGCACCUGGUGGGCACUGCAAUGACUGGCAUGUUGCACCUGGUGGGCACUGCAAUGACUGGCAUGUUGCACCUGGUGGGCACUGCAAUGACUGGCAUGUUGCACCUGGUGGGCACUGCAAUGACUGGCAUGUUGCACCUGGUGGGCACUGCAAUGACUGGCAUGUUGCACCUGGUGGGCACUGCAAUGACUGGCAUGUUGCACCUGGUGGGCACUGCAAUGACUGGCAUGUUGCACCUGGUGGGCACUGCAAUGACUGGCAUGUUGCACCUGGUGGGCACUGCAAUGACUGGCAUGUUGCACCUGGUGGGCACUGCAAUGACUGGCAUGUUGCACCUGGUGGGCACUGCAAUGACUGGCAUGUUGCACCUGGUGGGCACUGCAAUGACUGGCAUGUUGCACCUGGUGGGCACUGCAAUGACUGGCAUGUUGCACCUGGUGGGCACUGCAAUGACUGGCAUGUUGCACCUGGUGGGCACUGCAAUGACUGGCAUGUUGCACCUGGUGGGCACUGCAAUGACUGGCAUGUUGCACCUGGUGGGCACUGCAAUGACUGGCAUGUUGCACCUGGUGGGCACUGCAAUGACUGGCAUGUUGCACCUGGUGGGCACUGCAAUGACUGGCAUGUUGCACCUGGUGGGCACUGCAAUGACUGGCAUGUUGCACCUGGUGGGCACUGCAAUGACUGGCAUGUUGCACCUGGUGGGCACUGCAAUGACUGGCAUGUUGCACCUGGUGGGCACUGCAAUGACUGGCAUGUUGCACCUGGUGGGCACUGCAAUGACUGGCAUGUUGCACCUGGUGGGCACUGCAAUGACUGGCAUGUUGCACCUGGUGGGCACUGCAAUGACUGGCAUGUUGCACCUGGUGGGCACUGCAAUGACUGGCAUGUUGCACCUGGUGGGCACUGCAAUGACUGGCAUGUUGCACCUGGUGGGCACUGCAAUGACUGGCAUGUUGCACCUGGUGGGCACUGCAAUGACUGGCAUGUUGCACCUGGUGGGCACUGCAAUGACUGGCAUGUUGCACCUGGUGGGCACUGCAAUGACUGGCAUGUUGCACCUGGUGGGCACUGCAAUGACUGGCAUGUUGCACCUGGUGGGCACUGCAAUGACUGGCAUGUUGCACCUGGUGGGCACUGCAAUGACUGGCAUGUUGCACCUGGUGGGCACUGCAAUGACUGGCAUGUUGCACCUGGUGGGCACUGCAAUGACUGGCAUGUUGCACCUGGUGGGCACUGCAAUGACUGGCAUGUUGCACCUGGUGGGCACUGCAAUGACUGGCAUGUUGCACCUGGUGGGCACUGCAAUGACUGGCAUGUUGCACCUGGUGGGCACUGCAAUGACUGGCAUGUUGCACCUGGUGGGCACUGCAAUGACUGGCAUGUUGCACCUGGUGGGCACUGCAAUGACUGGCAUGUUGCACCUGGUGGGCACUGCAAUGACUGGCAUGUUGCACCUGGUGGGCACUGCAAUGACUGGCAUGUUGCACCUGGUGGGCACUGCAAUGACUGGCAUGUUGCACCUGGUGGGCACUGCAAUGACUGGCAUGUUGCACCUGGUGGGCACUGCAAUGACUGGCAUGUUGCACCUGGUGGGCACUGCAAUGACUGGCAUGUUGCACCUGGUGGGCACUGCAAUGACUGGCAUGUUGCACCUGGUGGGCACUGCAAUGACUGGCAUGUUGCACCUGGUGGGCACUGCAAUGACUGGCAUGUUGCACCUGGUGGGCACUGCAAUGACUGGCAUGUUGCACCUGGUGGGCACUGCAAUGACUGGCAUGUUGCACCUGGUGGGCACUGCAAUGACUGGCAUGUUGCACCUGGUGGGCACUGCAAUGACUGGCAUGUUGCACCUGGUGGGCACUGCAAUGACUGGCAUGUUGCACCUGGUGGGCACUGCAAUGACUGGCAUGUUGCACCUGGUGGGCACUGCAAUGACUGGCAUGUUGCACCUGGUGGGCACUGCAAUGACUGGCAUGUUGCACCUGGUGGGCACUGCAAUGACUGGCAUGUUGCACCUGGUGGGCACUGCAAUGACUGGCAUGUUGCACCUGGUGGGCACUGCAAUGACUGGCAUGUUGCACCUGGUGGGCACUGCAAUGACUGGCAUGUUGCACCUGGUGGGCACUGCAAUGACUGGCAUGUUGCACCUGGUGGGCACUGCAAUGACUGGCAUGUUGCACCUGGUGGGCACUGCAAUGACUGGCAUGUUGCACCUGGUGGGCACUGCAAUGACUGGCAUGUUGCACCUGGUGGGCACUGCAAUGACUGGCAUGUUGCACCUGGUGGGCACUGCAAUGACUGGCAUGUUGCACCUGGUGGGCACUGCAAUGACUGGCAUGUUGCACCUGGUGGGCACUGCAAUGACUGGCAUGUUGCACCUGGUGGGCACUGCAAUGACUGGCAUGUUGCACCUGGUGGGCACUGCAAUGACUGGCAUGUUGCACCUGGUGGGCACUGCAAUGACUGGCAUGUUGCACCUGGUGGGCACUGCAAUGACUGGCAUGUUGCACCUGGUGGGCACUGCAAUGACUGGCAUGUUGCACCUGGUGGGCACUGCAAUGACUGGCAUGUUGCACCUGGUGGGCACUGCAAUGACUGGCAUGUUGCACCUGGUGGGCACUGCAAUGACUGGCAUGUUGCACCUGGUGGGCACUGCAAUGACUGGCAUGUUGCACCUGGUGGGCACUGCAAUGACUGGCAUGUUGCACCUGGUGGGCACUGCAAUGACUGGCAUGUUGCACCUGGUGGGCACUGCAAUGACUGGCAUGUUGCACCUGGUGGGCACUGCAAUGACUGGCAUGUUGCACCUGGUGGGCACUGCAAUGACUGGCAUGUUGCACCUGGUGGGCACUGCAAUGACUGGCAUGUUGCACCUGGUGGGCACUGCAAUGACUGGCAUGUUGCACCUGGUGGGCACUGCAAUGACUGGCAUGUUGCACCUGGUGGGCACUGCAAUGACUGGCAUGUUGCACCUGGUGGGCACUGCAAUGACUGGCAUGUUGCACCUGGUGGGCACUGCAAUGACUGGCAUGUUGCACCUGGUGGGCACUGCAAUGACUGGCAUGUUGCACCUGGUGGGCACUGCAAUGACUGGCAUGUUGCACCUGGUGGGCACUGCAAUGACUGGCAUGUUGCACCUGGUGGGCACUGCAAUGACUGGCAUGUUGCACCUGGUGGGCACUGCAAUGACUGGCAUGUUGCACCUGGUGGGCACUGCAAUGACUGGCAUGUUGCACCUGGUGGGCACUGCAAUGACUGGCAUGUUGCACCUGGUGGGCACUGCAAUGACUGGCAUGUUGCACCUGGUGGGCACUGCAAUGACUGGCAUGUUGCACCUGGUGGGCACUGCAAUGACUGGCAUGUUGCACCUGGUGGGCACUGCAAUGACUGGCAUGUUGCACCUGGUGGGCACUGCAAUGACUGGCAUGUUGCACCUGGUGGGCACUGCAAUGACUGGCAUGUUGCACCUGGUGGGCACUGCAAUGACUGGCAUGUUGCACCUGGUGGGCACUGCAAUGACUGGCAUGUUGCACCUGGUGGGCACUGCAAUGACUGGCAUGUUGCACCUGGUGGGCACUGCAAUGACUGGCAUGUUGCACCUGGUGGGCACUGCAAUGACUGGCAUGUUGCACCUGGUGGGCACUGCAAUGACUGGCAUGUUGCACCUGGUGGGCACUGCAAUGACUGGCAUGUUGCACCUGGUGGGCACUGCAAUGACUGGCAUGUUGCACCUGGUGGGCACUGCAAUGACUGGCAUGUUGCACCUGGUGGGCACUGCAAUGACUGGCAUGUUGCACCUGGUGGGCACUGCAAUGACUGGCAUGUUGCACCUGGUGGGCACUGCAAUGACUGGCAUGUUGCACCUGGUGGGCACUGCAAUGACUGGCAUGUUGCACCUGGUGGGCACUGCAAUGACUGGCAUGUUGCACCUGGUGGGCACUGCAAUGACUGGCAUGUUGCACCUGGUGGGCACUGCAAUGACUGGCAUGUUGCACCUGGUGGGCACUGCAAUGACUGGCAUGUUGCACCUGGUGGGCACUGCAAUGACUGGCAUGUUGCACCUGGUGGGCACUGCAAUGACUGGCAUGUUGCACCUGGUGGGCACUGCAAUGACUGGCAUGUUGCACCUGGUGGGCACUGCAAUGACUGGCAUGUUGCACCUGGUGGGCACUGCAAUGACUGGCAUGUUGCACCUGGUGGGCACUGCAAUGACUGGCAUGUUGCACCUGGUGGGCACUGCAAUGACUGGCAUGUUGCACCUGGUGGGCACUGCAAUGACUGGCAUGUUGCACCUGGUGGGCACUGCAAUGACUGGCAUGUUGCACCUGGUGGGCACUGCAAUGACUGGCAUGUUGCACCUGGUGGGCACUGCAAUGACUGGCAUGUUGCACCUGGUGGGCACUGCAAUGACUGGCAUGUUGCACCUGGUGGGCACUGCAAUGACUGGCAUGUUGCACCUGGUGGGCACUGCAAUGACUGGCAUGUUGCACCUGGUGGGCACUGCAAUGACUGGCAUGUUGCACCUGGUGGGCACUGCAAUGACUGGCAUGUUGCACCUGGUGGGCACUGCAAUGACUGGCAUGUUGCACCUGGUGGGCACUGCAAUGACUGGCAUGUUGCACCUGGUGGGCACUGCAAUGACUGGCAUGUUGCACCUGGUGGGCACUGCAAUGACUGGCAUGUUGCACCUGGUGGGCACUGCAAUGACUGGCAUGUUGCACCUGGUGGGCACUGCAAUGACUGGCAUGUUGCACCUGGUGGGCACUGCAAUGACUGGCAUGUUGCACCUGGUGGGCACUGCAAUGACUGGCAUGUUGCACCUGGUGGGCACUGCAAUGACUGGCAUGUUGCACCUGGUGGGCACUGCAAUGACUGGCAUGUUGCACCUGGUGGGCACUGCAAUGACUGGCAUGUUGCACCUGGUGGGCACUGCAAUGACUGGCAUGUUGCACCUGGUGGGCACUGCAAUGACUGGCAUGUUGCACCUGGUGGGCACUGCAAUGACUGGCAUGUUGCACCUGGUGGGCACUGCAAUGACUGGCAUGUUGCACCUGGUGGGCACUGCAAUGACUGGCAUGUUGCACCUGGUGGGCACUGCAAUGACUGGCAUGUUGCACCUGGUGGGCACUGCAAUGACUGGCAUGUUGCACCUGGUGGGCACUGCAAUGACUGGCAUGUUGCACCUGGUGGGCACUGCAAUGACUGGCAUGUUGCACCUGGUGGGCACUGCAAUGACUGGCAUGUUGCACCUGGUGGGCACUGCAAUGACUGGCAUGUUGCACCUGGUGGGCACUGCAAUGACUGGCAUGUUGCACCUGGUGGGCACUGCAAUGACUGGCAUGUUGCACCUGGUGGGCACUGCAAUGACUGGCAUGUUGCACCUGGUGGGCACUGCAAUGACUGGCAUGUUGCACCUGGUGGGCACUGCAAUGACUGGCAUGUUGCACCUGGUGGGCACUGCAAUGACUGGCAUGUUGCACCUGGUGGGCACUGCAAUGACUGGCAUGUUGCACCUGGUGGGCACUGCAAUGACUGGCAUGUUGCACCUGGUGGGCACUGCAAUGACUGGCAUGUUGCACCUGGUGGGCACUGCAAUGACUGGCAUGUUGCACCUGGUGGGCACUGCAAUGACUGGCAUGUUGCACCUGGUGGGCACUGCAAUGACUGGCAUGUUGCACCUGGUGGGCACUGCAAUGACUGGCAUGUUGCACCUGGUGGGCACUGCAAUGACUGGCAUGUUGCACCUGGUGGGCACUGCAAUGACUGGCAUGUUGCACCUGGUGGGCACUGCAAUGACUGGCAUGUUGCACCUGGUGGGCACUGCAAUGACUGGCAUGUUGCACCUGGUGGGCACUGCAAUGACUGGCAUGUUGCACCUGGUGGGCACUGCAAUGACUGGCAUGUUGCACCUGGUGGGCACUGCAAUGACUGGCAUGUUGCACCUGGUGGGCACUGCAAUGACUGGCAUGUUGCACCUGGUGGGCACUGCAAUGACUGGCAUGUUGCACCUGGUGGGCACUGCAAUGACUGGCAUGUUGCACCUGGUGGGCACUGCAAUGACUGGCAUGUUGCACCUGGUGGGCACUGCAAUGACUGGCAUGUUGCACCUGGUGGGCACUGCAAUGACUGGCAUGUUGCACCUGGUGGGCACUGCAAUGACUGGCAUGUUGCACCUGGUGGGCACUGCAAUGACUGGCAUGUUGCACCUGGUGGGCACUGCAAUGACUGGCAUGUUGCACCUGGUGGGCACUGCAAUGACUGGCAUGUUGCACCUGGUGGGCACUGCAAUGACUGGCAUGUUGCACCUGGUGGGCACUGCAAUGACUGGCAUGUUGCACCUGGUGGGCACUGCAAUGACUGGCAUGUUGCACCUGGUGGGCACUGCAAUGACUGGCAUGUUGCACCUGGUGGGCACUGCAAUGACUGGCAUGUUGCACCUGGUGGGCACUGCAAUGACUGGCAUGUUGCACCUGGUGGGCACUGCAAUGACUGGCAUGUUGCACCUGGUGGGCACUGCAAUGACUGGCAUGUUGCACCUGGUGGGCACUGCAAUGACUGGCAUGUUGCACCUGGUGGGCACUGCAAUGACUGGCAUGUUGCACCUGGUGGGCACUGCAAUGACUGGCAUGUUGCACCUGGUGGGCACUGCAAUGACUGGCAUGUUGCACCUGGUGGGCACUGCAAUGACUGGCAUGUUGCACCUGGUGGGCACUGCAAUGACUGGCAUGUUGCACCUGGUGGGCACUGCAAUGACUGGCAUGUUGCACCUGGUGGGCACUGCAAUGACUGGCAUGUUGCACCUGGUGGGCACUGCAAUGACUGGCAUGUUGCACCUGGUGGGCACUGCAAUGACUGGCAUGUUGCACCUGGUGGGCACUGCAAUGACUGGCAUGUUGCACCUGGUGGGCACUGCAAUGACUGGCAUGUUGCACCUGGUGGGCACUGCAAUGACUGGCAUGUUGCACCUGGUGGGCACUGCAAUGACUGGCAUGUUGCACCUGGUGGGCACUGCAAUGACUGGCAUGUUGCACCUGGUGGGCACUGCAAUGACUGGCAUGUUGCACCUGGUGGGCACUGCAAUGACUGGCAUGUUGCACCUGGUGGGCACUGCAAUGACUGGCAUGUUGCACCUGGUGGGCACUGCAAUGACUGGCAUGUUGCACCUGGUGGGCACUGCAAUGACUGGCAUGUUGCACCUGGUGGGCACUGCAAUGACUGGCAUGUUGCACCUGGUGGGCACUGCAAUGACUGGCAUGUUGCACCUGGUGGGCACUGCAAUGACUGGCAUGUUGCACCUGGUGGGCACUGCAAUGACUGGCAUGUUGCACCUGGUGGGCACUGCAAUGACUGGCAUGUUGCACCUGGUGGGCACUGCAAUGACUGGCAUGUUGCACCUGGUGGGCACUGCAAUGACUGGCAUGUUGCACCUGGUGGGCACUGCAAUGACUGGCAUGUUGCACCUGGUGGGCACUGCAAUGACUGGCAUGUUGCACCUGGUGGGCACUGCAAUGACUGGCAUGUUGCACCUGGUGGGCACUGCAAUGACUGGCAUGUUGCACCUGGUGGGCACUGCAAUGACUGGCAUGUUGCACCUGGUGGGCACUGCAAUGACUGGCAUGUUGCACCUGGUGGGCACUGCAAUGACUGGCAUGUUGCACCUGGUGGGCACUGCAAUGACUGGCAUGUUGCACCUGGUGGGCACUGCAAUGACUGGCAUGUUGCACCUGGUGGGCACUGCAAUGACUGGCAUGUUGCACCUGGUGGGCACUGCAAUGACUGGCAUGUUGCACCUGGUGGGCACUGCAAUGACUGGCAUGUUGCACCUGGUGGGCACUGCAAUGACUGGCAUGUUGCACCUGGUGGGCACUGCAAUGACUGGCAUGUUGCACCUGGUGGGCACUGCAAUGACUGGCAUGUUGCACCUGGUGGGCACUGCAAUGACUGGCAUGUUGCACCUGGUGGGCACUGCAAUGACUGGCAUGUUGCACCUGGUGGGCACUGCAAUGACUGGCAUGUUGCACCUGGUGGGCACUGCAAUGACUGGCAUGUUGCACCUGGUGGGCACUGCAAUGACUGGCAUGUUGCACCUGGUGGGCACUGCAAUGACUGGCAUGUUGCACCUGGUGGGCACUGCAAUGACUGGCAUGUUGCACCUGGUGGGCACUGCAAUGACUGGCAUGUUGCACCUGGUGGGCACUGCAAUGACUGGCAUGUUGCACCUGGUGGGCACUGCAAUGACUGGCAUGUUGCACCUGGUGGGCACUGCAAUGACUGGCAUGUUGCACCUGGUGGGCACUGCAAUGACUGGCAUGUUGCACCUGGUGGGCACUGCAAUGACUGGCAUGUUGCACCUGGUGGGCACUGCAAUGACUGGCAUGUUGCACCUGGUGGGCACUGCAAUGACUGGCAUGUUGCACCUGGUGGGCACUGCAAUGACUGGCAUGUUGCACCUGGUGGGCACUGCAAUGACUGGCAUGUUGCACCUGGUGGGCACUGCAAUGACUGGCAUGUUGCACCUGGUGGGCACUGCAAUGACUGGCAUGUUGCACCUGGUGGGCACUGCAAUGACUGGCAUGUUGCACCUGGUGGGCACUGCAAUGACUGGCAUGUUGCACCUGGUGGGCACUGCAAUGACUGGCAUGUUGCACCUGGUGGGCACUGCAAUGACUGGCAUGUUGCACCUGGUGGGCACUGCAAUGACUGGCAUGUUGCACCUGGUGGGCACUGCAAUGACUGGCAUGUUGCACCUGGUGGGCACUGCAAUGACUGGCAUGUUGCACCUGGUGGGCACUGCAAUGACUGGCAUGUUGCACCUGGUGGGCACUGCAAUGACUGGCAUGUUGCACCUGGUGGGCACUGCAAUGACUGGCAUGUUGCACCUGGUGGGCACUGCAAUGACUGGCAUGUUGCACCUGGUGGGCACUGCAAUGACUGGCAUGUUGCACCUGGUGGGCACUGCAAUGACUGGCAUGUUGCACCUGGUGGGCACUGCAAUGACUGGCAUGUUGCACCUGGUGGGCACUGCAAUGACUGGCAUGUUGCACCUGGUGGGCACUGCAAUGACUGGCAUGUUGCACCUGGUGGGCACUGCAAUGACUGGCAUGUUGCACCUGGUGGGCACUGCAAUGACUGGCAUGUUGCACCUGGUGGGCACUGCAAUGACUGGCAUGUUGCACCUGGUGGGCACUGCAAUGACUGGCAUGUUGCACCUGGUGGGCACUGCAAUGACUGGCAUGUUGCACCUGGUGGGCACUGCAAUGACUGGCAUGUUGCACCUGGUGGGCACUGCAAUGACUGGCAUGUUGCACCUGGUGGGCACUGCAAUGACUGGCAUGUUGCACCUGGUGGGCACUGCAAUGACUGGCAUGUUGCACCUGCAUGCUUGUUGGGGAGCAUGCAUGGGGUGUUCAUGCAUGGGGUGUUCAUGCAUGGGGUGUUCAUGCAUGGGGUGUUCAUGCAUGCGCAUGGGCAGGAGGUAAAGCGACAAACAGGAAGAAACAGUCUGUACCGCGGCAGGCAGGGCCGAGUGAGGCCAUGGAUGAAGGUGGGAGUGCGUAUGGCAUGGCAGCGCAUGGCAGGAAGCAUAUAA